AUGGACAUGAAGGGAAGUAAUAUAGGAGUUGUGGCUAUGAUGUUCAUGAUGGUUGCGGUUGUUAUGGGCCAAUCUGUUGACCCUAACUUUUUUGAUGAUUCAUUUUCUGAUGUCACACCUUUCAAAAACUCACCUCCUCCUGUCAAAAAAAUGCCACCUUCUCAUCAAAUCCCAAGUCCUCUUGCACCUGUCCGAAAAUCACCACCUAAAUCCAAUUUUCCUCCAAUAGACAACUCAUGCCUGAGAAGCUGCCAGGUCAAUUGCGUCAAAUUUAAUGACAAUAAGAUGAUUUGGAGAAGAAGGGUUUGCCUGGAUGCCUGCCCUUCUAAAUGCAAGAUUAAUGAAGGCUCAAAGUAUCUCAAAAAUUGUCUAAUUGACUGCAUAAAGAACAUACCCACCCUUUCUGACCCUGCUUUUGGUAUGUAUAUUCACUCAAUUCCUCCAGUGACAGUUGCUGAGAAAAGCAUCAAGGGCCAAUUGGAUUUCUGCUACCACCGUUGCAGGCCAAGGAUAAAAAUAAAUAAUUAG